AUGCCCACCAACUUCACAGUGGUGCCGGUGGAUGACUGUACAGCUUCAGGUUCUAACUACGAUGGGAAAUUUCUCAGAGAAGAGGAUGAGGAGGGGGGAGAACUUGUGGUCGGACCUUUCUCAGGUGAGGACAGCCCUGAAGAGGAGAGUCCAUUUAUUAGCAGCACUGAUUAUGACAGAAGCUGUGAUGGCAAAAACAUGGCCCUGUUUGAGGAAGAAAUGGACAGCACACCAAUGGUGUCAUCCCUCCUGAACAAACUGGCCAAUUACACCAACCUACCACAGGGGGUCGCUGAUCAUGAGAAAGCUGAGAGUGAGGAUGGAGUGAAGAAAGUCACUGUCAGGGCUCAUCUGAUGGGCACAUUUAUCGGUGUGUUCUUGCCAUGUAUGCAGAACAUACUGGGUGUGAUUCUCUUUUUGCGUCUCACCUGGAUUGUGGGCACAGCUGGAAUCUUGGGCUCUUUCGCCAUUGUUUUCAUGUGCUGUGUCUGUACUUUGCUGACUGCAAUAUCAAUGAGUGCCAUCGCAACUAAUGGUGUGGUGCCAGCUGGUGGCUCAUAUUACAUGAUAUCCAGGUCACUGGGUCCAGAGUUUGGAGGUGCUGUUGGGGUAUGCUUCUAUCUGGGCACAACCUUUGCUGGGUCCAUGUACAUACUGGGCACCAUGGAGAUCCUUUUGAUGUACAUACUGCCAAAUGAAGAAGCAUUGUCUAAAAACCAGCUGUUAACCCACUCUAACCUCAUGCGUGCGUAUGGAACGGGCUGCCUGGCCCUCAUGGCUCUCCUUGUGUUUGUUGGGGUGAAGUAUGUGAAUAAACUAGCACUGGUCUUCCUGUCCUGUGUAAUUCUGUCCAUUAUGGCUAUAUAUGCUGGAGUCAUCAGGACUGUCAUCAGCCCUCCAGAAUUCCAAAUUUGUCUGCUGGGCAACCGUUCGCUGGCAAAUCUCAAAUUUGACAAAUGCCUGAAGACUGAAGUCAUUGACAAUGUAACACAUACAACAAAGCUGUGGAAAAUGUUCUGCGAUAAUUCUUCUCUUGAUGCAUCAUGUGAUCCAUACUUCACCGAGAACAAUUUGGAAGAGAUCCAAGGCAUCCCAGGCCUGCUCAGUGGUGUCAUCUCAGAUAACCUGUGGAGUCAUUAUGGUCCUUCAGAGAUGUUGGUAGGGAAAGAGAAUCGACCAUCGGAGUCAACAGAGGAUCAUACAUCUGGAAAGCCAUAUAUUUUUAAUGACAUUGCCACCUUUUUCACGCUGAUGGUGGGAAUUUACUUCCCCUCAGUCACAGGGAUCAUGGCAGGAUCAAACCGAUCUGGAGCUCUGAGAGAUGCUCAGAGGUCUAUUCCUAUUGGAACCAUUAUGGCCAUUGUUACCACUUCCAUCAUCUAUAUGUCAUGUGUGGUGUUAUUUGGUGCCUGCAUGGAUGGUGUGUUACUACGAGACAAGUUUGGCAAGUCUGUAAAAGGAAGACCUGUGAUAGGCACUUUGGCAUGGCCUUCACAUUGGUUGAUUGUGAUUGGCUCAUUCUUUUCCUGUUGCGGUGCGGGAUUACAGAGCCUUACCAGCGCUCCCAGACUGCUGCAUGCCAUUGCACAUGAUGGAAUCAUUCCAUUCCUACAGGUGUUUGGUCACAGUAAAUCCAACGGUGAGCCAACCUGGGCUUUGUUGCUGACUGUAGGAAUCUGUGAAAUUGGCAUUCUUAUUGCCUCACUGGAUGCUGUCACUCCUAUUCUUUCAAUGUUUUUCUUGAUGUGCUACCUGUUUGUCAACUUGGCUUGUGCAGUCCAAACUCUACUACGCACCCCAAAUUGGAGGCCCAGGUUUAAGUUCUAUCACUGGAGUCUUUCACUACUGGGCAUGACCCUUUGUCUCUCUCUUAUGUUUAUUUCAUCUUGGUACUAUGCCCUGGUGGCCUUGCUGAUAGCAGGAUGCAUAUAUAAAUACAUUGAAUACAGAGGGGCAGAGAAGGAGUGGGGGGAUGGAAUUAGAGGGCUGUCUCUAAAUGCAGCACGAUACGCUCUAAUAAAGCUUGAGCAAGUGCCGCCACACACCAAGAACUGGAGGCCCCAGCUGCUCGUGUUGCUGAAACUGGAUUCUGAUUUGGCAGUGAAACACCCACGACUGCUUUCUUUCACCUCUCAGCUGAAAGCCGGUAAAGGCCUGACCAUCGUCUCUUCUGUACUGCAGGGAACUUACAUGACACAAAGUGCUGAGGCCAAGCAAGCUGAAUCGAACGUCAAGGCGGCCAUGCAUGCAGAAAAAACCAAAGGCUUCUGUCAUGUUGUGGUUUGCUCCAACCUAAGAGACGGAUUCUCCAACCUGAUCCAGUCAGCUGGACUGGGAGGCAUGAAACACAACACUGUCCUGAUGGCCUGGCCCAGCAACUGGAGACGGGCAGAGGACUCCCUCUCCUGGAGGAACUUCAUAGAAACAAUAAGAGAAACCACAUCAGCACAGCAGGCUCUGCUUGUGGCAAAGAACAUCAACCAAUUUCCCAGCAACACAGACCGUCUGACUGAAGGCACCAUCGAUGUGUGGUGGAUUGUCCAUGAUGGAGGUUUGCUCAUGCUGCUGCCAUUCCUGCUCCGCCAGCACAAGGUCUGGAAGAAGUGCAAGAUGCGCAUCUUUACUGUGGCACAGCUGGAUGACAACAGCAUUCAGAUGAAGAAGGAUCUGCACAUGUUUAUGUACCAGCUGCGUCUGAAUGCUGAAGUGGAGGUGGUGGAGAUGCAUGAGAGUGAUAUCUCAGCCUUCACCUAUGAGAAGACCUUGGUAAUGGAGCAGCGUUCCCAGUUGCUGAGACAGAUGCAGCUGUCCAAAAAUGAGAGAGAAAGAGAGAUUCAAACCAUAACUGAUCAGUCAAGGAGCUCUAUCAAGAGGAAAAAACACCAGAAGGAACUCAUACCGAACACCUUACAAGUGCCUGGUGUUGAUAACACUGAGCAUGAGACCCAAAUGUCACAUGAAAAGAACUCUAAAGGCCAUUCGGGUAACCAGGAGAAGAGCACCCCCACCUCUGAUCGUAUCCAAAUGACCUGGACAAAAGAGAAGUAUGUUGCUGACAGAAACCGUCACCGUGAGGCCAGUGCAGCUGUACGGGACAUCUUCAGCAUGAAACCGGAGUGGGGGAACCUAAACCAAUCGAAUGUCAGGAGGAUGCACACUGCAGUGAAACUGAAUGAAGUCAUGGUCAAUAAAUCCCAGAAUGCUCAUCUUGUCUUACUGAAUAUGCCUGGACCACCUAAAAACAAGGGGGGUGAUGAGAAUUACAUGGAAUUUUUGGAGGUAUUAAUGGAAGGUUUGGAGCGAGUUCUGCUUGUACGAGGUGGAGGCAGAGAGGUCAUCACCAUCUACUCAUAGCCCAAGGAUGGAAUAAACUCUGGAGCUCUAUGAAGAGUGAAAUUUUGUAGUA